AUGCAAUACGGCUUCGACAGCGCCGCGGUCGGCGCCCUGCAGGCCAUGCCUGGAUUCUUGAGGGUGUUUGGGUAUGAAGACGCGAAGAACCCAACGGGGUACGGGAUCAAUCCGACGGUGCAGCAGCUGAUCGCCUCGCUGCUGACGCUGGGCUCGUUCCUGUCCUCCCUCUGCGCCGGCCUCUUCUCGCGCCGGUUCGGGCGGCGGCAGGGCCUCUGGCUGGCGUGCCUGCUCAACAUGGCGUCGUGCGUCGUCAUGAUGGCGACCACCGACGUCAACGUCCUGUACCUCGGCCGCCUCCUGCUUGGCGUCAGCAACGGCUUCCUCGUCACCUUCUCAAACGUCUACACGGCCGAGGCGGCGCCGGCCCAGCUCAGGGGCGUCGUCGUCGCCCUGUUCGCCUGGUGGGUCAACAUCGGCAGCAUCGUCGGCAGCAUCGUGGUCAACUACACGCGCGUCCACGCCGACAAGCGGUCGUACCAGAUCCCCAUCGGCUGUCUCCUCGUCGUCCCCGUGCUGCUCAGCGUCGCCUUGGCUUUCGUCCCCGAGAGCCCGCGCUGGCUGGCGCACCGGGGUAGCGAGGGCGCCGCGCGCGAGGCGCUCGCCAGGCUGAGGCCGGACCCCCCUCUGCAGACUAUGGUGGCUGGCGGCACGGCGGCAGCGGCACUGGAGGUCGAGCUGCGCGAGAUGCUGGCGGGCAUCGGCGAGGAGUCGGAGCGGGCGGCGGGCGGCGGGGCGGGGUUCCGCGACAUGUUCCGGGGCGCCGACCUCCGCCGCACGCUGCUCUGCCACGCGGCGCUCGCGUCGCAGACGGCGUCGGGCAUCUGGUUCCUGAUCGCGUACCAGACCUACUUCCUGAUCCAGGGCGGGGUCUCGCGCGGGUUCGAGUACUCCAUCAUGACGACGUGCGCGGGCUUCGUGGGCGUCAACCUGGGCAUGCUGGCCAUGGGCCGCCUGCGGCUCGGCCGCCGCGCCGUGCUGGUCGCCGGGUCCGCCGCCUGCGGCCUGGCCCAGCUGGGGACCGCCGUCGCCUACACGGCGGCCGGGGCGGGCUCCGCGGCGGCCACGAGCUCGCUCGUCGCGUUCCUGACGCUGCACAAGUUCUUCUACAACGCCGGCGUCGGCGCCGCGAGCUACCCCGUCGCGACCGAGGUGGUGGGCACGCGCCUGCGCGCGCAGACGGUCGGGUCGGCGACGUCGCUUGGCUACGUGCUCGCCUGGCUGACGUCGUUUUGCUCUCCCUACUUUAUCAACCCGACCAAGCUGAACUGGGCAAGUGGAGCUCAGUACUGCUACAUCUGGGCGGCUUCCAACUUUAUUUGUGUCGUCUUCUUCUACUUUUGCAUGCCCGAAACCGCAAACAGGACGCUGGAAGAGCUUGACGAGAUGUUUGAAGCCCGGCUGUCUGUCCGCCAGUUCAAGAAGUAUCAAUGCGUGGGCAGGGAAGACGCCCGACGGUCGGAGAAGGGAGGGGCUCUCGAUUUCGGAGAGAAACGUGGCGGUGAGAUGGAGCACAUUGAGGUACCGACGCCUGACGAGACACGAAAAUCCUAGUCCAAGGUACCUGCAUAUUUCAUUCCUAUAUGCGUCUCUUUUGCAUGACAAAGGAGACGGUAGAAGGUAGGGGGACCUUCUGCCCAUGUAGGUAUACAAGGUAUACAGAGACCUGCCAGGCAAGAGCAGAGGGUUGACGUCGCUUAGGAGCG